AAGAAAGCGGGCCUGAUGAGAAACCAUAGAGACCGGAAGUACGCCCCGGCUGCUUUCGAUUCUACGGAGUCAGCGCCCUCGCUGAGCGGGAGAGGAAGUGACGCUGCUACUGAGAAGAUGGCGGCGACAGCGACUCUCCCGCUCUCGGCUACGGCCUCGGCCACAGCGACGGCCACCGCGGCUGCUCUCGGGGAGGUGGAGGAUGAAGGGCUCCUGGCGUCGCUGUUCCGGGACCGCUUCCCGGAGGCCCAGUGGCGGGAGCGGCCCGACGUGGGCCGCUACCUCAGGGAGUUGAGCGGCUCGGGGCUGGAACGGCUGCGGCGCGAGCCCGACCGCCUGGCCGAGGAGCGAGCGCAGCUGCUGCAGCAGACGCGCGACUUGGCCUUCGCCAACUACAAGACCUUCAUCCGCGGCGCCGAGUGCACCGAGCGCAUCCACCGCCUCUUUGGCGACGUGGAGGAGUCGCUUGGCCGCCUGCUCGACCGCUUGCCCAGCUUCCAACAGAGCUGCAGGAAUUUUGUGAAAGAGGCUGAGGAGAUCAGCUCCAAUCGCCGAAUGAACACCCUGACUCUAAACCGGCACACGGAAAUCCUGGAAAUCCUGGAGAUCCCUCAGCUCAUGGACACCUGUGUCCGGAACAGCUAUUAUGAAGAGGCCCUGGAGCUUGCAGCCUAUGUACGCCGACUGGAAAGGAAAUACUCCUCCAUCCCUGUCAUCCAGGGCAUUGUGAACGAAGUGCGCCAGUCCAUGCAGCUGAUGCUGAGCCAGCUGAUCCAACAACUGAGGACGAACAUCCAGCUCCCUGCCUGCCUCCGUGUCAUUGGCUUCUUACGGCAAAUGGAUGUCUUCACCGAGGCUGAGUUGAGGGUCAAGUUUCUUCAGGCCCGAGAUGCUUGGCUCCGAUCUAUCCUGACUGCCAUCCCCAGUGAUGAUCCCUAUUUCCACAUCACGAAAACCAUCGAGGCCUGCCGUGUCCAUCUGUUCGAUAUUAUCACCCAGUACCGUGCCAUCUUCUCAGACGAGGACCCGUUGCUGCCCCCUGCCAUGGGCGAGCACACCGUCAAUGAGAGUGCCAUCUUCCAUGGCUGGGUGCUGCAGAAAGUCUCACAAUUCCUGCAGGUGCUGGAGACUGACCUUAACCGAGGGAUAGGCAGCCGUCUGGACUCUCUGCUAGGCCAGUGCAUGUACUUUGGACUGUCUUUUAGCCGGGUAGGGGCUGAUUUCCGGGGUCAGUUAGCUCCUGUUUUCCAGCGAGUGGCUAUCAGCACUUUCCAGAAAGCAAUUCAGGAAACGGUCGAGAAGUUCCAGGAUGAAAUGAACUCCUACACCCUCAUCUCAGCUCCAGCCAUCCUGAGCAGCAGUAACCUGCCUGCUGCUGUUCCAGUCACUCAGCCGGGGACCCUGCAGCCGCCCAUGGUGCUCUUAGACUUCCCACCCCUUGCCUGCUUCCUCAACAAUAUUCUGGUCGCCUUCAAUGAUCUGCGCCUCUGCUGCCCCAUGGCCCUGGCGCAGGAUGUGACUGUGGCCCUGGAAGACGCCCUUGCCAAGGUAACAAAAGUAAUCUUGGCCUUCCAUCGUGCCGAAGAGGCUGCCUUCAGCAGUGGGGAGCAAGAGCUCUUCGUCCAGUUCUGCACUGUCUUCCUGGAAGACCUCAUUCCUUAUUUAAAUCGCUGUCUCCAAGUCCUUUUUCCUCCAGCUCAGAUGGCACAGACCUUAGGCAUUCCACCCACUCAGCUCUCCAAGUACGGAAACCUGGGGCAUGUGAACGUCAGCGUCGUCCAGGAGCCUCUGGCCUUUAUCCUGCCGAAGAGAGAGAUGGCCUUCUGUCUAGACGACAAGGAGCUAGUCCCCGAGGUCACAGCUCCAGCGCCAGAACCCCCAGACGAGGGGCCAAGGAUGGACCCCGGAGGAGAACAGGUGGUGUGGCAGGCCAGUGGGUGGGCAGCCCGCAUUAUCCAGCAUGAGAUGGACCACUUGCAGGGCUGCCUGUUCAUUGACAAAAUGGACAGCAAGACAUUUACAAACAUCCAUUGGAUGGAGGUGAAUGACUAAAGCUUUCCUGCUGCAUCUGAGGACCCUGAAAACCAAGACACAAACAUUUUGGCUUUAAGCUGGGCAUGUCUUACCUGGCAUCGACUUGGUAUUGGCUCUGCUCCGACAGAAAACAAUGGCCUGUCAAAGCAUGCCUUCCCGAGUUGGAGGAAGAUGUUAAUGUUUGCCCUGAAAUGACCUAUGGACAAUGUAUUGCCUUUAACUUGAGAAGAAAAAUAACUCCCCUGAAGGAGUGGACAUUUCCUGGCAAUUUUGUAUGGAGAUAAAGAUGGGGCGCGGGCAAGUAAAUAGCCACUCUCAGUAGACAUGAUUUCAGAAGAGCUGUAUCAUCUGUUCCCAAAGCCAAGAUUAGAUAAUAUAGUCCCCAAACACCUGAAAGCUGUGUUUUAAAAUGCGGAUUAAGGCUGUGGUUGAUCGCCUUCACCAAGUUCUUACGUUUACAAAGGGCUCAAGUGUGUUACCUGCAUAGUCUCCAUUUGUUUUGGAUACCAGUUUGCCUGUGGAAGUAAAACACAGGACAGAAUGUCCCCAGUUCAAUGACAAUAUUAACGUAACUGAGUAUUCAUACAUUUUAACAGGUUCAGAUACAGUUUAGGUCUCCAGCUUUUGCUUUCCACCUUUAACAGACCUGGGGAAGACUUUUCUGCUGAGAUCUCUUAGGCAGCUGGUACUUGGCUCAUUCUUUGGAUGGAGGCCAUGGAGCAGGGGGAGGGGUGAUAUAGGUUUCCUCACGAUCUGAAAGAAGAGUGUUCUGAUGAAACCUUUCCUAAGCUGAAAUAGCAUAAAUUGAAGAAGCAGUUACCUUGGGACACAUCUUGCUAACAGAUGCACAAAAUAAAUGGAGAUAAAGCACAGAUUGUCACAGAUACAGUUCAAAACUGUGGUGGCUUGAUGCUGAGCACAGCUCCCAGGUAAGGAGCUUGGCGGUGCCACUCUGGCAGCUCUGAGUGCGUGCUGCUUCUAUAAUGGCUCACUGCAAAACAAAAGCUAAAUGCUAUUUCAGCUUUCACCUUUUUCGUAGAAGUGAAAAUCCUCUUCAAAUUUCUUUCCAUUAGUGAAAACAGGUACUAAUAUAGGUCUUUCAUAAAAGCAAAGCAGUGUAAAGUGAAGUUACAAAAAGUGGGGGAUGCCUGUAGUUGAGAAGGAGCAAAGAGCCUCUUCCUGUCACAAUUAGGGCAGAAACAGAAAGCAGAACUUGUGCUUCCUCGUCAGCACACUUAUUCUGAAAAAAAUAAAUUAGCAUCAUGGUGACCAGUGUUUUAGCUUUAAGAUUCUGUCACAGCUUUGUCAAGAGGUUAAGGAACUCAUUUCUUUUGAUACUUGUCUUACCUCAGUUUUAUGUUGAGUUUUGCCAUGCAGGUACUCUUACCAAAGUCCUCAAAAUCCAAGUACCCAUAGAGUAAGAAGUCCAGUAAGUUGUUUAGAGAAAAUGUGUUUUAAACAGUAGUUAAUUAAAUGACCCCAAGAAAGACCCAUUUUCCCCCAUGGCUUUCUCUAAACAGCCAAGCCUGGGGGCCUGUGAGGCCAAGCAAAAGAGAACUGGCUCUCUGUGCAUCACACUUCAGAGAGAAACAGGGCCCAGCACUGCCCUGAGGUGAGGACAGAGACUCAGCCACCUGGGAAUCUGUAGUGAGCUCUCACGUAUACUGAAAACACGUAUCCUUAGGAAAGUUAGAAUUCAGUGAGCCUCCUUUCUAUUGGACACUGUUCAGAAGCUCCUGCAGGAUGGCAUCAAAACAUUCUGAAGAUUCCUUACAGGCUCUGCGGUUAACCGUCCUUAGUAAUGCCUUUGUAAUGCACAUCAGUAGUAUUUGCCUGAAGCUUCCUGAAUCAAGGCCUAAAAGUAAAUGAUUGCCCAGGGUGGACUGUGGAGAAAGCCUGAGACUACGCUGCUGACAAUAUAUGAAAUUUACUGUUAUAACCAAAUCCACAUACAAGGAAGGAUUUGAUCAACUAGCCCAAGACACUACAACCCAAAGACAAAAAAUUCUUGCAUUUACAAGAAAGAAAAUCUCUCCCACCUUGGCCAGAUAUUAUCAGCUGCAGAACCACACAGAUCAGCAUCUUGAGCUAAUAAAAGUUUUAGAAGUCAACUUCCACAGCGAAAAUCAAUGUAGGCAGAAGGUUUAGAACAGAAUUCCCAGGUAGGGAGGAAGUGAAUUUCAGAGCAAGCGCUUAGGGAAGGAAAUUCCUCUGCACAUAUUAGCCACAUUGAGCAUAGCCACCGUGCCAGCCUCAGUAGUGAACAGAACAUUCAUUUGCCCUGUUACUGGUGGUAGAGAGAUAAAUGGAAAGGCAGGGCAGCUGUGAAAGCUGUGACUAGAGCUGUGAGGAUGAACCACGGCAGUCCUACAGUUUCUGCUAACCCCUGUGACUUGCCAAGGUGUUCAAGCAGUAGAAAUAAGGAAGCAGGUUAAGAAAAAAAAAAAAAAGGCAAGAGCCUUCUGAUUUAAGUAAAGGUAACCAGACACAACUAACUAAAAUGAAGCAGUACAAGGAGGGGGUGGUUUAUAGACCAGCAAUUGGCGGCUGAAGGCACAUAACUAAUCAAGAAUAUAAUAGGGGAGC